CUUCCCGGGGCCCCGCCCCCGCGCCCCGGUCCAGCCAGCUCGCUCCGGCUCGCUCCGGCCCGGGGCCGCCCCGUCCCGCCCCGCCCCCGCCGGCCGGGGUGCUCUAGGUGACGCGCGGAGACCCUCUGCACCCGUGCGAACAUGGCGCUGCGGGCGGUGCGGAGCGUGCGGGCCGCGGUCGGCAGCCUGCGCGCCAUCUCGGCACCCAGCGCGCCCUGCUCGCCGCGGCCCUGGGGACUGCGAGCGGAUGCCGUCCGGGAGCUGCGCACCGGCCCUGCUCUGCUGUCGGUGCGGAAAUUCACAGAAAAACACGAAUGGGUAACAACAGAAAAUGGUGUCGGAACAGUGGGAAUCAGCAAUUUUGCACAGGAAGCUUUGGGAGAUGUUGUUUACUGUAGUCUGCCUGAAGUUGGGACAAAGUUGAACAAACAAGAGGAGUUUGGUGCUUUGGAAAGUGUGAAAGCUGCUAGUGAACUCUAUUCUCCUCUAUCAGGAGAAGUAACUGAAAUUAAUAAAGCUCUAGCAGAAAAUCCAGGACUUGUCAACAAGUCUUGUUACGAAGAUGGUUGGCUGAUCAAGAUGACAUUCAGUAACCCUUCAGAACUAGAUGAACUAAUGAGUGAAGAAGCAUAUGAGAAAUACAUAAAAUCUAUUGAGGAGUGAAACUGGAACCCCUAAAUAAACUACUUUGAAACAA